AUGAGCACGAGUAAACGAGGUUACACUGACACCGAGGUGACUCCUGUCUCCUUUCCUGCCGUCCAUUCAGAACAGUGCAAAGCACCGCCACACGGCAGGAAGCACUCCGUCUCCAAGAGUCUGCGGCACCUCUUCCAGCCCACCACCAAGUUCGUCCGGAACCUCAAGAGGGGACUCUACCUGACAACUAUCUUCUACCGGGACGACAAUGUGUUGGUUACCCCCGACGACCAGAUCCCCGUGGUAGAGGUGGAGGAUGCCUUCUCCUCCUCCCUCAUGCAGGACUUCCUGUGGUUCACCAAGGUUUCCUAUCUCUGGGAGGACACCCUAUGGCUCCAGCAGUGCCUCAGUCCGUCUCAGACGUCCUGCACCCUACAGACCAGGGUGAAGAUGCUACAGGCCGUGUCUCUUCUACAGGGCAUGCUGGGAGUGCAGGACCUGGGCCAGGCGUACUUCGAGCCCAUCAAAGACAAGCAGGGCAACGCGCUGCUGGUGCUGCUGCGGGACAUGAGCGCCGGCCCCGCCCUGGACGGCGUGCACUGGACCCCGCUCUGCAAGCUGCAGCUGCAGCGCAAGUCCAUCUCCUCCCCCGAGGAGCCCACCGCCCUGGACACCCUGCUCAUCACGCUGCACGAGAAGCUGGCGUACCACCGGCGCAGCAGGAAGCAGCUGUCUCCAGGGCUGUACCUGGGCUACCUGAAACUCUGCACCUCCAUGGACCAGAUCAGAGCUCUGGUGCCCCAGAAGCUCCCCAACGUGCUCUGUCACAGCAAGAUCAGAGACAACGCCAAUGUGUCCAGAGAGGAGUGGCAGUGGCUGCGGGCCCUCACCUCCCUGGAGGAGUCUCUGGAGAUGGACGCCGACUCUCAGAGCGCUCCUCACCGCCUCCUGCAGGAGCUCCGCAGCGCUGCCAAGGACCUGCUGGCACACAUCAACAUGCCCGGCAACCAGGCUCAGGACUUCCGGCUCUACACGGAGGAGGUGGUGGAGCUGGGGGUGGAGGUGUCCCUCAUCCUGCUGCUGCCCCCGUCCGACCAGGUGUGCACGGCCCCGGGCCAGAACAACCCCUUCUCCCCCCGCUCCGGCUUCCUCACCCUGCCCCUGCAGAUCUUUGAGCUGGUCCACUUCGGUGCGUACUGUCCGGCCUUCAUCGGUCAGUACUGCAGGGUGUCUGCUCUUCUGGAGCUCGAGUCCCUCAUGUCCCAGCAGGCCUUGCGGGAGGCCUUCUCCGAGAGCGAGCUCCAUGCCGCCAAGCAGAAGCACCAGCAGGUGCAGGAACACGUACAGCACAUGGAGGAGAUUUGGCGUGAGGCCAGGUGGAUCAUGGACGCGCUGCAGUUUGCCCGCUACAAGCAGUCGACCGGGGGCGUCUCGCUGGCCUGGGUCAUCGACUUCAACAACGACGGGGUCCCUGAUAAACCCGUCUCAACCUCCUCCCAACUGGACUACCUGCCCUCCCCGGCCCCUUCGCCAGAACCCUGCCGCAAGCACCCAGACUUCCACGGCCUUUCUGAUGAAGAGGGCUCGUCCGAGGUCUUCCUCACCACCGACAGCGACUACGACUCCAGCCGAGCCCAAAGCCCCCGCGAGCUGGACCUGCUGCCCGCCUCGCCCCUCUCCGCGGCCCCGCCCGAGCCCCGGGGGUACCUCCGCAGUGACGGCAGCAGCUCCGGUGGUGGUGGUGGAGGAGGGGGAGGAGGAGGAGGAGGUGGAGGUGGAGGUGGAGGCGGAGACGCCCUGCGGAUCUCCACCCCUGACGUGCUGCAGGGCUCGGAGUCGGGGCAGUGCGGCGGCGGCGGCGGCGGAGGCGGGGGCUGCGGCGUGGGCGGUCGCGAGGGCCGGCGGCGGGGCUGCGGCCCCGAGCUGUUUGACAGCGACUUCAUCCUGCCCAGCCGCCAGAUCGAGCUGCUGCGCAUCACGGAGAAGCGCCAGGCGUACUGUGUGCGCACCAGCAGCCUGGAGUUCCCCUCGGCCGCCCCCCACCCGAACGCUCAACCCCACCCCCCCGCCUUAUCCCCCGCCCGCUCCCCGCCGCACCGGCGCUGGGCCCGGCCCUCCUCGGUGGACCGAUGCCACGGGACCGAUCGCUCGCCGCGACAGCCCCCUGCCCGGACCCUAUCGGAGGACAGCGGCACGGAGAGGCUUUCGGCGCUGUCCCCGGGGGACCAGCGGAGGGGCUGGCCCGCCACACUCCGCGUCUACCCUCAGUACCCCAGCGGCCUCCCCAAGGACACAAGCGUAAAGCUCCGCGUGACCCCGUGUACCUCGGCGCGGGAGAUAGUUCAGCUGGUCGUCCAGGAGAUGAAGGCGGCCUCGCGUCGCAUGCUGGCCGGCGGCGGCAGCGGCGGGGGCAGCGUGGACCCGGACCAGGGGGGAGGCUCUGCUCCAGAGCAGCUCCAGCUCUUUGGGCUGGUCCUGGCGGUGGAGGGCAGGGAGAAAUGGCUCCAGGACGACUUCUGUCCGCUGGAACUGCAGAACCCCUGGCAGAGGGGCAAGUUGUGCGUUCGCGUCAAGGAGUACUCCCCACUGGCCCCCAAACACAGCCGGGCCACUACCGUUUGAGGACCAAAGGGGAUAGAGACAAGGUUAUGGGGGCUGAGAGACGUCGUUGACCCUGGGCCUUUUGUUUUGUCCAGAACACUUUUUUUUUUUACAGAAAGUGUACAUAUUUUUUGAAAAGAAAGACUCAACCGGAUAAUUAACGGACAAGAGUAAACGGAACAAAUAACAAAGUAUUCUCUUCGGCUGUCGGUAACUUUCUGGAGAUAAAGGAAGCAGGCUGCCCGGGAAGAUUAAUGGAUCACUAAUACGGCAUCUGCUAAGAUUGACACCAACACAUCGGAGCCCUGAAUGCUGCCAAAAUGGCACGGGCUUCCCCCCCCCCCCCCCCCCCCAAAUCCUCGUUCCACGACCGCCCCCAGCCCCCGGCCAACCGCUACCCCCGGCAGCCCUCUGCCAGAGAGACGAGCCUCCUCCAUGAACUCUCUCAUUGUGUGAUUCCCAAAGAGCUGUCCACUGCUGCACAGCCUCCGGCUUCCUGUUCUCAGGAUGUGGGCUCUGUCCUGGGCCAAGAGGACAGAGCAGGGGGAGGCUGGAGGUGGUGGGGGAGACUGGAGGUUUGGGGGGGGGGGGGGGGGGGGGCGGGGAGCAUGGCGUCUCUGCUCGAGGGAUGCAAUCACCCCAACGACUUGGCCCGCUGGCCCAGCACUCAGCCAGGCCACGGAUCUGGCUGGGUCCGAGGCUGCAUGUCUGUAAGAAAGUAAGUUCUAGAGGGAGUGAGGGAGAGAGAGAGGGAGAGAGAGAGAGGGAGAGGGAGACAGAGGGAGAGGGAUAAUGGAGGGGGCUGAAGGGUGGAGGGGGUAUGGAGAUUCAGUUCAAACCUGGCUGACUCUGGGGUCCCCCCCCCCCCCCCCCCCACACACACACACAUACACACACACAUCAUAAUGAACAAACUGUCACAAUCAUCGCAAACCCGUGAAGUCACACCGCACAAAAACCAGCCAGCGUGGAAAAAGAAGAGCAAUACUUUAUGACUUUGUUUAGCGUUUGUCUGGCUGAUGAGGAGACGUCUUAAGUACUGUGGUCAUGCUGUGUCCAUUGUUUCUGGGCAGUUUUUUGUGUUUCCUUAUUGGCAGCAGUUUUCCCGACCCCUCACUUAGGGGUGCCUGUCAGUCUGGGGCUGGCCCUCCAAUUGUUUUUGGUGCAUUUUGAAGCCCAGCAUUUAUGAGCAAUGCUAGUUGAAUAGAAUGUAUGAGCUUUGCUAGCAUUUAUGAACUAAGCAUUCAUCUAGCAUUUACGAGCAAUGCUAGUAGCCUAGCAUUUACGACAGAUGCUAGGAGUCUAGCACCUAUGAGUAAUGCUAGUAGUCUAGCGUUUACGGGCAAUGCUAGUUGCCUAGCAUAUAUCAACAAUGCUAAUAAUCUAGCCUUCAUCAGCAAUGCUAAUACAGGUCAACAGAGUAAAGUUUCCCUUUGUGAGAUCUUCAUCUUUUCAUAAUAUCAUCAAAGCUGCAUUAAAUGUUUAAUAUUAUUAUAGUUUAAUAUUAAGAAUAUUACCAGUGCUACAGAUAUAAUGACUCAGAACUCAAAUUAAUGUUUGGUUUCUUAGUAUAUAUUAAAAGUUUACAAAUGAUUUAAAAAAUGAUUUAAAGAUGACAGUCAACAAAGCACUUUCAUUGCUAUUACUCUGCUAAACAACAUAAGCUUUUAUUUUGAUGAUUGAUCUGCUCAGCUGCCAUUUGAAAACAUUUGAUCCAAGAUGAUAGACAGGAAGUGCCUUAAAUGGACAUCGGCACCUAGGAUCUUUAGAAGACAGUAUCUGUCCUCUCUUUAUCCUUAACUAGCAUCUACAUCACUCGGUUUCCAGUGUUGGCUUAAAGAAACCAAAAGUGUUCUUUUGAGAGAACUUGUACCGCUUAGUUUUGAUUAUUAAUUACUGCGCAGCUUGUGACAAAUCCAAACAUUUGCUUUGGGAGAACUCUGUCGAUAUCAUUUUCUUUUUUAUAAACGGACUGAGCUAGCUUAGCAUCUAGCUUCCCAAACAACAUACGUUACAACGUUGUCAUAGUAGGAUUUGUGUCGUAGCCCUGAGUCGUUUCCGUCAAUUGCCUUUUUUUUGUAUAUAUUUUUGCACUUCUUUAUCAUAGAUAUCAAACAGAAAAUAAAAUUGCAAGAUUAAUCCACAAUAAAUAAAAUGGGGCCCCAACAUGCAGGCUAUGUUGCUGACUUUACCAAUGUAGCAGUGGAACACGCAGGCGCCUAAUAAGCCUAGCCAGUGUGUCCAAUCACAAGGCUGGAAUUCAGUUUGGAGAACCUUGGCGAAAGCCCUCCCCAAAUGUUCUGGAGCAUUCUGUUGUAGGUGUGGCCUGGGAUGCCGUCCAAUCCUGUUGACUGUUGACAUUUUAGUGUUCCUUUCAUUCCGUUAUAAAAGGUAUUGUAAAAGUAAUUUUAAUAUUGAAAUAAUACUUUGUGUUAAUGUGCUGCUACUGUAUAUUUAAACAGUCCCCAUGUAUUAUGGAGCUGGAGAAUUUUUUUUUUGGUUUAACUGUUUGAAUUCUUCCUUAGCGCUUCGACAUCUUCUUUAACCACACUAUUAACAGCCGUUUUAACACAGCCAACUGCGGGGGAAAAAAGGUAUUAAAUACUAAUACACGACAAAAGGACAAACUGGAUCCAGUUUCUUAGACAACCAGGAAGUGAAUGUACUGUAUCUUCUAGAAAUGUGAAAGUCAUAACCCUGGAGGUCAAAGUUCACUAGGGUUAUAGACCCUGUCUGGGUAGCGUUGUCUGGACACAAAUAAAAGUCUGUGUGUGUGUGUGUGUGUGUGUGUGUGUGUGUGUGUGUGUGUGUGUGUGUGUGUGUGUGUGUGUGUGUGUGUGUGUGUGUGUGUGUGUGUGUGUGUGUGUGUGUGUGUGUGUGUGGGGGGGGGUCAUAUAAUGUACUUUUCAGGCAAGAAAAGCAAAAAAAAAAGCAGAGCUACAUCUUUACAAGGAGCUGGUGGUGGUUCCAGCUCACCAAGUCAUGAAGGACUCAUCACGUCACUUUUUCUAAAUCUAUUUUUAUGGAACAAUAAAUGACCAUUAUAAAAUAAAAGCCUUGACUGGU